GAUGCAAUAAUAACAUUACAAUAAUUUAUGAUAUAUAUUAUUAAAAUCAGUGUUAAAAAAAGGAAAUAAAUUGUAUAGAAAUUAUUUUUAAUUUUAAGAAAUUAAUGAUAUUUUUUUUCUUCUAUUAAACUCAUAUUGAAAAUUUGCCGCCGCAAAUGAUUCGACAACAGUGGUGUUUUUGAGAGUUAUUUUAUUUUUUUCUUUAAUUUUUAUAAUUUUGUAAAUAUAGAAAUAAAUUUUGUUUUGUAUUAAAAAAACAAAAAAAAAAAUGAGUGGCGAGGAAAGGCUCGUCACGGAAAUUCCCAGCAGUUUAAAACAAUUGGCAAGAAUUGUUGCUCGUGGAUUUUAUACAAUAGAAGAUGCUCUUAUUAUUGAUAUGUUAGUUAGAAAUCCUUGCAUGAAGGAAGACGAUUUAUUAGAAUUAUUGAAAUUCGAAAAGAAACAAAUGCGAGCGAGAAUAGCAACACUUCGUAAUGAUAAAUUUAUUCAAAUAAGACUGAAAAUGGAAACAGGCUCCGAUGGAAAAGCGCAAAAAGUUAAUUAUUAUUUCAUCAAUUAUAAGUCUUUUGUAAAUGUUGUGAAAUAUAAACUUCUUAUGAUGAGAAAAAAAUUGGAAACCGAGGAACGAAAUGCAACGAGUCGAGCAAGUUUCAAAUGCACCAAUUGCCUCAAAACUUACACCGAUCUCGAAGCGGAUCAACUUUUUGACAUGAGUACACAGGAAUUUAAAUGUACUUAUUGUGGUGAAAUUGUUGAGGAAGAUCAAUCGGCAUUACCGAAAAAAGAUUCACGUUUACUAUUGGCACGAUUUAACGAACAAAUGGAACCGCUUUAUAUUUUAUUGCGAGAUAUUGAGGGUAUUAAAUUGGCGCCUGAACUUCUUGAACCCGAAGCAGUGGAUAUUAAUACAAUUAAGGGAAUUGAUCCAAGAAAAUCGGGUACAAUACGAGGACCAAAUGAUCAAUGGUCGGGUGAAGGUUCAAGAACAUCGGGAUUCUUUGUCGAGGAGACGAAAGUCAAUGUUCUAAUUGGAGACGGUGCUGCGGACGAUAAUUCCGUCAGUACAAGAAAAGAACAACCAAUUUGGAUGACGGACAGUACAAUUGAUAAUCCAAUCGACGAUUCUUUACAAACCGAUUCGACAAUUACACAAGACAAUAUAUUGAAUAAGGCAGCGGCAACGGCAUCGACACCGACAACAAUAAAUAAUAAACAGGGCGAGGAUAUAAUGUCAGUUUUAUUGGCUCAUGAGAAAAAAGGUGGAAUGAGUGAUAAUAAUGCUGUUAAGUCAGUUAUACCACAGGAAUCGAGUGACAGUAGCGAUAAUGAAGAUAACAAUGAUAUGCAACCUAUAGAAACUGAUGCUGUGGAAAUGAUGGAUUCAGAAGAAGAGGACUCAGUGCCAAUGAUAACAGUCGGUGGUAAAAAUGUUGCAAUUACAAAUGUAAACGAUUCACUAAUCGCAGAAAUGACACCAGUCGAAAAAGAAGCAUACAUACAAGCAUACCAGGAAUAUUAUUCCCUAAUGUACGAUUAAUACGAAAAUUAAAAAAAAAAAAUAAUAAUAAUAAUAUUUCCCCUUCCGCCCUACAAAAAACAAAAUUGAAAUAUUUUUGAUAAAUAUAUAUUAUAUACUAUUUAAAAUAUAUAUAUAUAUAUAUAUAUAUAUAUAUAUAUAUAUAUAUAUAUAUAUAGAGAAAGAAAAUAUUGAGAACAAAAAAUGAAAUAAAACAAAUUUAGAAUAAAAAAAAAUAUUGAGAAAGCAAAUAAUUUUAGAAUAUAAAUAAAAAAAAUAUCAAGAAAAAAUGAAAUUAAAAAAAAAAUAUUGAGAAAUGAAAUAAUUUAGAAAAAAAAAAAUUGAGAAAAAAUGAAUUUAGAAUAAAAAAAAAAAUUUGAGAGUAAUUGCGGAAAAUUGAGAAAAAACAAUGAAAGAAUUUCAUCAACUUUAUUUUCUAAGUACAAUAUAGAUAAUAAAUAUAUAAGUCAACGAUAAAAUGUUUUUUUUUUUUAAAUCUCCUUUCCCACACAAUAUUUAUAUAAUAAUAAUAAUUAUACAAUAAUAGAGAAUCUCUCAUUGACAAUAUAAUUUUUCUAUUCAUGUACAUUUUUUUUUAAAUUCAUAGUUUUCUUUUUUUUUUUUAAAUUCAUGUAUUUUAAAUAAAUUAUCUAACACGUCACUUCUGGUAAAACGGGAAAAUCGUUUUAUUUUUAUUAUUUUUUUUCCAUUCUUUCUUCAAUCCAUUUCAAGAAAGAGAAUAGUAAUUUUUUUUAAAAGCUUCAUUAUGUUUAUUAUUUUAUAAUAUUAAUUUUUCUUUUUUUGUUUCCUAUCAUCUCUUGAUGGAAUUUCCGUUCGACCACCACAAUCGAUCGGAAAUUCGUGUAGAAAAUUAUUUUUUUAUUUUUUCUCUUUUUUUUUCCUUUUUUUUAUCAUUUAAAUUUUCAUAUUUUGCAAUUAUUUUUCUAAUAGAUUUUUUUUUUUUAAAUUGUAAAAGAAAAAAUUGCAAAAAAGGAAAAUUUGUAUUAUAGGAUUAUAAUUAUUAUAAUUAUAAAAAAAAUAUAGAAUAUAAUUACGAUAAUUAUAAUUAUAAAUAUGUUUCUUUUUUUUUUUGUUUCGAAAUUAAAAAAUCACAUCUGGGAUAUUGAAAAAGAAAAACAUGUUCAAAAUUAUUAUUAUUUUUUUUUUUAUGUUUUUUAAAGAGGAUUAUUUUAAUUAGUUGCAAUUGGUUUUCAGAUGGAAUUCAUAAAGAGAGAGAGAGAGAGAGUGAGAUGUUCAGCCUUUCUUUUUUCUUUUUUUUUUCGCUAAAUAAAUCGAAAUUUUUUUUCAUUUUUCUUUAUUCUGGUUCAUUUAAACGAAGACGGGCAAAAUCUUCAAAAACAA